AUGGCCUCUGCAGACCAUCUUACGGCCGAAGAGUUUGAUUAUGAGGCGCUUCCUUCAAAUUAUUCCCUAGGACAUAACAUGCUGGCGGGUGCUUUCGCGGGUAUCGCUGAACACUCGGUUAUGUACCCAGUCGAUCUUUUAAAGACCCGAAUGCAAGUACUUAAUCCUUCGGCUGGAGGACUCUAUACGGGCCUCAGUAAUGCGUUUACCACAAUUUCGCGCGUUGAAGGAUGGCGAACAUUAUGGAAGGGUGUGUCGAGUGUAAUUGUUGGCGCCGGGCCUGCCCACGCUGUUUACUUUGGCACGUAUGAAGUUGUGAAGGAGUUUGCUGGGGGUAACGUUGGGGAUGGGCAUCAUCCAGUCGCGGCUGGCCUGAGCGGAGCAUGCGCGACAAUUACCAGUGAUGCUUUAAUGAAUCCAUUUGAUGUGAUCAAGCAACGAAUGCAAGUACACGGUUCCACCCAUAGAACCAUUUGGCAGUGCGCGCGCACCGUUUAUGCGACCGAGGGAAUGCGUGCUUUCUAUGUGUCCUACCCUACGACUCUCUGCAUGACCAUCCCUUUCACCGCCACACAGUUUAUCGCCUACGAAUCUACGUCAAAGAUUAUGAACCCAUCAAAGAAAUACGAUCCCUUGACCCAUUGCGUUGCCGGUGCUUUAGCCGGCGCCGUUGCCGCUGCUGUAACCACACCCCUAGAUGUGAUCAAGACAGUUCUUCAAACCAGAGGCCUGGCCGAAGAUGCGGAAGCACGCACGAGUCGGGGUCUAUUCAAUGCUGCCGCUCUCAUCAAAAAGCAAUAUGGUUGGUCUGGAUUCUUCCGCGGAAUGCGGCCUAGAAUUAUCGCCACGAUGCCAAGUACCGCAAUUUGCUGGACUUCUUAUGAAAUGGCUAAGGCGUACUUCAAGCGACACUACGGCGAAUCAUCUCUCUAG